UUUGCUAUAAGAUAGUGAUAUUUCGAGCAUCCUAUGGUAAUCAUAGUUAGUGUAAGUUUUAUCAUAGUCGAGGAACUUCAGGAAAGUUUAUUAUUCGUAUGGAUUCUGGCAUUACGAUACUGUAUUACGGCUCGAAUAGUGUACGUUCUGAAAUAGGAGCAGUGAGUUAGUUUAUAAUGGAAGGAGGUGGAGUACUUACAGCAGAACGCAGUCCUGCACGUGCGAAUCUGCAUGUAGCUUUCAGUGAAAAGGGUGAGGUAAAGGAACGCAGGGAAAAAUUCUUAACAGCCAAGUAUGGCUCUCAUCAGAUGUCUCUUAUCCGUAAAAGACUUGCAGUUGAAAUGUGGCUCUUUGAUGAGCUAGAAAAACUAUAUGAAUCAGUUAAUGAAAAUGGUAAAAAUCGGGAAGUUGAAAUAGAUAUAGAUGAACUUCUUGAUAUGGACAGUGAUGAUCAUAGACGAAGAUUUUUGCAGGAGUUACUGGUUGAUACAAAGAAACCACCACAUGAUGUAAAUAAAUUCAUUAACGAUUUACUUGAAAAAGCUAAAACACUUUGAAGAACUUCCGUGUUCUUCUUAACACUUACGUGUUUGCAAGGACUUUUUUGAAGCAUGAACAAAUUUGCUCAGAUUUUGGGACGAGUCAAAGACAUAUUCAAGCCUUAAAUGAGUCGCGCGCAUACGUGACUUAAAUGCCAAUUUAUCAUUAUACUUGGAUCGAACAUAAUGGGGAAAAGAAAAUGAAAAAAAAUCUAAUCCAUCAAAUGACUCUGCACAUUUUUAUUCUAGCGUAUAUUAUUUCAUAUUGAAAUCGUAAGCAUUAGUAUCUGACUUAUCUCAGUACAACGGCUAACUUUGUUAGUUAUUUAUGUGCGCAUCGCAUAUCAAGUAAUAAAUCUCACAGUACACGGAACUGCCUUGCUGUACGAUCCAUCCAGUGUGAUGUAUAGUAGAAAACGUUUGUUCUUCUACACUCUAGUUUUGUAUGCAUUCUAUACUCCAUUGUUCGUAGUAAUAUUUAUGUUAUUAGGGGAUAAUUAACUAACAAAGAUACUUCCAAAACACUGUAACUAUAUGAAAUAAUUUCUAUGCAUAUCCUAAGUUCAUUGAAUUGUCACAACUGAGGAUAUGAUUGGGUUUGAAACGAUUAAUAUUUUUUAUGUUGUAGCAAAUUAAUACAAACUUUUUUUUAUUUAUUGUAGAAGAUACUUUAAGGGGGCAGAUAUGCAAAAUUUCGCAUCGAAUGCUUGUAUGAAUUUAAAGGGGAAAAAAAGAAAGAAACGAAAAAAAAAAAUUAUGGAAUCUGUUUGAUAAUAUAAUAAAAGCGUGUAUGUUUCAGAUGAUAUUAUCACUGGCAUAGUAAUAAUUAAAACGUGGAAAUGACACCUAUCGUUGCUCCAGUACCGAAUCAGUAUUGAAAAUUAUCGUGAAGCAGAAAUUAACUCUGCCGUAAGUUUGUCAUUUUCCUCCUCUUUUCUUUUGGAUAAUUGUUGAUUGAAAUUUUUCAAAGUUCUUGUUAAGUCGUUAAUAAAAAAAAGGAAAAAAUGAAGGGAAAACCAUAAAAACAUUCCUACAUUUAGAAAGAUAUUAAAUUCUUUAUAUUGUAAUGACGAUGUAGUGAUGAUUUUUUUAAAUUACUUUGUUACUUAUAUAAUCAUGUUGUUAAUUUUCAAGAUUUUAAAUUUCUAUUUAUAGACGUGUUAUACUCGUUUAAAUGAUCGGUCGAUCAUCUUUAAUGAAUCUUUAAUAGAUCAAUUCGCGUAUUUGUCUCGAAAAAGAAAGAACAAAUGGAACGAAUGUACAAGUCCUCUGUUCUGACGGCCUCGUUUGGAUAAAAUAAUUGUAAAUGCGUAGAAUUAUUCGUGUAUAUCUAUAUGUAGUACAAAUUAGCGUUUGUGUUAUGAAAAAAGAAAAAAAAAUAAUUCACCGUCGCAACAGAGUGCAAUCAUAGGUGACAUUUAUACGAUUUACCGACAGUCAUUUAACAUACGAGCUAUUGUGUAAAAUGUAUCCACAGUUACUGUAAAAGAGGAAGGGAGUGAAUUUAACUCAAACUUCCGGAUAACCCAAAGGAUCUCUUGCACCGAUGUAUCUCGCAUUAAUUACUUAAAACCAAAAAUGAAAAAAAAAAAAAGA